AGAGAGAGAGAGAGAGAGAGCUGGGGGUGUAGAGCGGAGAAGAGAGGCGGGUGCCUGAUUCUUUGUUUGACGUCAGCACUCAGUCAUCACGCACGCGGUCGGGACUAGCUCAGUGCGCUUCUCCCCGCAGCAGCCGCACGCGCUCCUCAGCUCGAGCUUGUCGUUAAUACUGACUUUUACUCCGAGGAGCUUUCAUGAUUCCUGCUCUCCUCCGGCCGUUGUUCAUGUAAAUCCGCAGAGCGGCACUCUGCCUCUCGAAAACACCGACACUCUGCUCUCCGCUGCCCGCUGCCGCCUCUCCUCUUCCCGGAGGUUGUUUAACCGUUUGGUCCGACGCACGGAGGCGUGAUGGAGAAGAUGUCCCGACACGCUCUCCCGUUGAAUCCCGCUUUUCUGCCGCCGAACUCGCACGGCGUUCUGAAGUCCCUGCUGGAGAACCCGAUGAAGCUACCGCUGCAUCAUGAAGCUUUUAGUAAAGACCAGGAGAAGGAGAAGAACCUGGAGGAGGAGCGCAGUGUCCCCCAGUCAGCUUUCCUCGGACCAACUCUGUGGGACAAAACCCUCUCCUAUGAUGGAGACACCUUCCAGCUGGAGUACAUGGAUCUGGAAGAGUUCCUGUCAGAGAACGGCAUCCCGUCCAGUCCCUCUCACCAUCAGCGGGAGCAGCACCAGGCCCACCACGUCCCACCGCGCCAGCCGCCCAUCAUGACGCCGGUGCCGUCCGCUCCGGCGCGCUCUGUGAUGGACCUCGGCAGCCACGCCUCCACCUCUGUCGUCUCCCCUAACUGCCUGCACAGCAGCCCAGCAAGAGCAGGCCUCCCAAACUCCAGAAACACCCCCAGCCCCAUCGAUCCAGAGUCCAUCCAGGUUCCGGUCAGCUACGAACCCGACCCGGCGGACUUGGCUCUGUCCAGCGUUCCGGGUCAGGAGAUCUUCGAUCCGCGCAAGCGCAAAUUCUCUGCCGAGGAGCUGAAGCCUCAGCCGAUGAUCAAGAAGGCCAGGAAGGUUUUCAUUCCCGAUGACAUGAAGGAUGACAAAUACUGGGCUCGGCGCAGGAAGAACAACAUGGCAGCGAAGCGUUCGCGUGACGCCCGGCGACUCAAGGAGAACCAGAUCGCUAUCCGGGCGGCCUUCUUGGAGAAGGAGAACUCCGCCAUGAGGCAGGAGGUGGCCGACUUGAGGAAGGAGCUCGGACGGGCCAAGAACAUCCUGGCCAAGUACGAGGCCCAGCAGGGGCCGCUGUGAUGAGGACAUUCACGCAGGCUUCUCACACACACACACACCAGGGAUCCUCACCUCACUGCAUGCAGUUCUUAUCCCAACGGACUCGACUCGACGUUAAGUUAACCUCUGGGCAGAAGUUUUUUCCGACGAAGUUGUUUGUUCCAGCAGCACAUCCUUUGUUUGCUUUAAGCGUCAGAUUUACACGAGCUGUGACUUUUACCUGCUCUGAGUCGAGUAAAACACACACACACACACAUACAUAUAAAACUAUAUAUUUGUUAGGACUCUCUGUUGUCCAUAAAGACUCCUCCUAUGGACUUCUGAACCACGGAUCUGAUCCUUCAUGCUUUCACUCCUCUUCAUCACCAACCUCUGGCCCAGCACUUUUACAACAUUGGGUCUCUCCUACAAACUCCGCCCUCUGCAGGUGUGCUUUCAUACUGCACCUGUUUUUGUGUAUAUAUUUGGCCCUGAAGACUGUGCACAUGAAUAAGCUCCGCCUUCUCCAAGUCAAACUUUCUCCUCUUUAUAUCUGAACCUUUAAGCUGUUUCCGAAAUCCUCAACCAGAUUCAAUGUUUAUGGAAUGAAAAAAAAAAAGAUAAAAAAGUAUAUCUAUAUAUUUAUUUUCUGCUAGAGAUCUAUUUUUUCAUUGUUUACACCCCCCAAAAUAAUGGAAGCUUACAAAUUAGCUUUAAGUCCAUCAGGGAGUGUGUAUGUACACACUUUAAAAUAUGGAAAAUCUUUAGAACCCAAAGAGAUUCAGCACUUUCUCUCACCUUGUUUUAGAGGCUCCUGACGUUGAGUCCUCGCUCAGGUUUAUACAUUCUGCAGGUCUGACUGAGCUGAAAAAAAAAAAAGAUUUUCAUCCAGAUGGAUUUUUGUCAUUUAAACUUGAAAUAAAAAAUGUCAUAAGAAACAUUUUCUUCAAAUCUAGACAAACGUGAAUGGGUUGGAAAGAAACCAAACCCUGUGCAAACCAGCUGACUCUGAACAGAAGGACAUUUCUGUGCCAACUUUAGGGUGGAACAGGAUAUUUUUUCUGAAUGACCAAUUCUGUUAUCUUUCUAGAAUAAUAUUUUGGUGGUGUUUUUUGUUUUGUUUGUUUUGUUUCGUUCAUAAAACGUGACGAGUUCUUAGGAUCAGUGACUUAUCAGUGACUGCCUGACUUAUCUCACAGAAAGAAUCAAAAUAUUGCAAUCUGAACUGUUAAUGUGUUUUAAAAUAAAUCACAUAAUGUGGUUUUAUGACA